CAAACAGUUACACAAUUCGAAGCGAAAAGAAAAGAAAAUGGCGUCUCAUGAACAGAGUUACAAAGCUGGUCGAGCUGAAGGCCGAGCUCAUGAAAAGGGUGAGCAAAUGAAGGAGAGCAUGAAGGAGAAAGCAGAAGCAGCGAAGCAAAAGACAAUGGAGACAGCAGAAGCAGCGAAGCAGAAGACCAGAGGAGCCGCCGAGACAACCAACGACAAGACAAAACAGACAGCGGGAGCUGCUAGAGGGAAGGCGGAGGAAACCAAGGAGACAAGCGGGGGGAUACUGCAGCAGGCGGGGGAGAAAGUGAGGAACGCGGCACAAGGUGCGACUGAUGCGGUGAAACAUACCUUUGGAAUGGCUGAUGCCGAUGAGGAUGAACAUAAUUAUCCGGCUACUGUUACUAGGAAGGAUUAGGGUAGCAUGUAGGGUUAAGAUAAUAAUAAUAGUUGCAAUAUGUACGUGAGUGGUUUUAGAUAACGUACGGUUGCAAACGCUUCGUUGUUAUGAGUGUGUGUUGUGUUACUUUGUUGUUUUAGCUUUUUUUUUAAUAAUAAAAAUUUUACUUUUUCA